UGUUUAAAUUGGAUAAAACAAAGAUCUGAAGGUUCAUAGUUAUGUUCGAGACGACACGUGUUUGUGUCGAACAGACCACAGUGCCAGCAGUAACGGGUUUUCCCCAGUGUGUGCCAAGAGUGCCAAACAAGACAGACACGUGGCUUACUUUAUUCUGGCAGCCGUGCCAUGUCCUUCCUUACCGCUUACCACUUUUACCAAUGUGAAGCGGACAUCCUGAACCCAUGAGGCGCAUGGCCGUGCAGCGUCACAUUUUUUUCUCUGGCAAAAAGUGAUAUGCCUACUGGGACCAAAGUAGGACAAGCAGACCUUUUGUCUUUGUUGUGUCAGUGUUGGUGCGCGGGCAAGUAGAACGUUGUGCCGGGGUCAUGGCACUGUUGUUGUGACGGCAGCCGCCUCGAGAAAAGUGUGGGCCCCGCUGGGAGGUUCCAACACCUUAAACAGUUGACGCGGCGCUGCGAUGCUCACAGGAUAGCGGCUUGUGACGGAGGACUGGGUGGUGCGCCGUGUUCCUGCAACAUUGUGAACCUGCAAAACUUAUAUUUGACCUAUUAACACCACCUCUGAACUGGAAAAUACAGAUAUAUUGAUUACACCUCAAUAGAGAAAGCACAGAAUGGGGAGUACCGAAGAAAUAACCAAAGGACACACUGUGAAAAAAAAAAUGGCCUUGGGAGAAGAGGAGAACUCUAACUCAUCAAAAUCUAAGCCUCUCUCUGGGGAAACCACUCCUGACCCUCUGGAGCAUGGCAUUGACGAUGACCUGAAGCCUCUCUCCGGGACAGAGACAAAGUCCAGUGGAAGUGAUACAGAAAGUGAAAUUGAGACUUGCAGUAAACAAAGUGAUGAACCUCAAGGAAUACCAGUUCAAGGUGCAAGGGCACGUAUUAAUAGUGAAAGCUCGUCAGAAAAUGGUAAAAGGCAGCGAACCAUAAGUGAUUCUUCUCCAGUCCAAAAUUUUCUGUUUCCUGGAGUGGCAGCGUCUCCACCAAAGUUUAUGUCCUUAGAAGAAGUUAUGAAAGCAGCAAAGGGUGUCAGUAAUAUGGUCCUUGCUCAUGAAAUAGCAGUUGACAAAAACUUCAAGCUGGAAAAGUUUGAUCCCCCAGACAAUAGCAUUGAAAAGCAGGUAAGAGAUGUUAUGCAUAAAGCCUUUUGGGACCACCUAGCACAAGAGCUGGCUCAAGAUCCCCCCACCUAUGACCAAGCAUUUGUUUUAUUACAAGAGGUCAGGGACAACCUGCUUGACAUCACUCUUCCGCAACACAACAAGCUGCGACAAGAGAUUUCAGAAACAUUGGAUGUGGACCUUAUUAAACAGCAAACUGAGCAUGGUCUGUUGGAUUUUUCCCAAUAUUCUCAGUAUGUCCUGUCUAUAAUGGCCCGCCUCUGUGCCCCGGUGCGGGAUGAGACAGUCCGGAACCUGAUGAAGGAGAGUGAUGUUCUGUCGGUUUUCCGAGGAGUGAUGGAGACUCUGGAUCUGAUGCGCCUGGACAUGGCAAACUUCACCAUUCAGCAGAUUAGGCCACACAUUGUUGCUCAGAGUGUUACAUAUGAGAAAAAGAAGUUUGCAGAGUAUUUGAAGACACAAAAUGAUGGUUUGGAGCUGACCAGAGCAUGGCUGCUGAGUCAUGUUAAGCCAGAAGAUUUGACAGUACCUGAUGACUUAGAAAUAAGAGGAGUUGUGAAUUCAGUCAUAAACCGAGCUUAUAUGGAGCUCCUCUCCUGGCCUGAUGAAAAAAUGUUUCCCGAGACUGUGGUGCUAGAUGGAAGUAGAAUUCUGGAGCUAAGAGACCGUCUAAGCCAAGUUUGCAUCUUGGGGUCUGUGCUUCUUGUGACACUCACAGCUGUUGGCCCAAUGAUUACACAACCUGACGCCUUUAAGUUGAAGUUAAAGCGUAACUUGUGUAUCAUCUUAGAUCCAGCACUAUCAGAUAGUGAAACAUUGGCUCUGAUGGACAAUUUAGCAGAGCAAAUUAUAAAGGAGGUAGAAGAUCAUCUUUCAGAGAAUGAGAAACCUCAGCUCCCUCAGUCAGCUAAGAAUGCCUUGAAAGCACAGGUGUUGGAAAUCAAGAAUCCAGAGCAUCGCAUUAGAUCUCUUAUAUCUAAACGAUCCGUGGAGUUCAUUGCCACUCUGUUGGGCUCAACUACUACAAGUCCAGUGCAGAUACCACCUGGCCUCUCCACCCUCCAGGAAGAAUUGGCUCACAUCUGUGGUACUUUCUUGCGUCUUGUGGCUCACAACAGAUCUGUGUUUGGGGAGUAUUAUGUUGAUAUUUUGACUGAUCACAUCAAAACUGAAAGACAAAAAAAGCAAAGGGAAGAAAAAAAAGAAGAAAGUCCUAAAGAAAAUGCUGUUGCUUGUACAUCAAGUGAUUGAAUCAGUUAUUUGAGCUAGAAUUAAUAACUGUAAAUGUUUAUAUGACUAGAGCCUUAGUGAGUACAUGGCUUUCUUAACUUUGUUAGAUUAUUUGGUGCUUGUACUUAUUUAACAAUAACUCUUUCCCUUUGAGGCAGACAAAUAUUUAAGUACUGAUAUAAGAUGCAUUGGCAUAUAUUGUACUGUGUAUCAAUGUUGAUUAUAUCUUAAUAAUCAUCUACUUAUCCUGAUAUGCUUCUAUCUUGAUAUUGGCACAGUGAUAUAGGUUGUCAGCACUGAAUGCAUAUAUGAAGUAUUUUUGUCAUUUAAAACCUGUGCAUUUAUGGAAUUUUGUAAAAAAUGUACCAUAUCACAUAGAAUAACAGAAUCACACUGUUAAUGUGACCAACACACACACACACACACACACACACACACACACACACACACACACACACACACACACACACACACACACACACACACACACACACACACACACACACACACACACUAUCUUGAAUUAAUUUGCUGAUGUCAUUCAACACCUAGAGCAGGGGUUCUCAACCUGGGGUUUGCAAACCCCCAGGAGUUCACAAGCAGAUUUCCAGAGAUACUUAGAUGGCUGAUCUAAUAAUAUUCUUUGCAGUACCAUUGCAUAUUGAGUUAGUGUCAGUCAUUAAAUUAACAUUCUGUAAGAUUUUCAGGGGUACUUAGAUGGCUGAACCAAUAAUAUCCUUUGCAGUACCAUGGCAUAUUGAAUUAGUAACUGAAAUAACAUUCUGUUUGAUGUCAUAUUACUGGUGGUUUGGGUAGAUGAUCUAAUAACUAACUCAUGGGGUUCUUAAUAAGAUGAAAAAGUUGAGAACCCUGAUCUAGAGUCACACUGACUGUUGAAAUAUUAGCAAUAUCUGGAUAACUAAGUAAGAGCAACAUUAUACUCUUUUCAAGAGUUAUAUGUGAUCCAUGGAACAAUAUCUCUUAUUGUAGUAAAGAGUAAGUCCAUUAACAUUCUGCUAUGAUAUAAUGUUAUCUCAAUUACAAAAGGUUGUGUUGCAUUGAAUGUAAUGAACAAGAGUACAGUGUAGUAUUAGGUGCCCUUGUAAUAGUUAUUGUUAUUGAACAUUAUCCAGAUUAUGUACAUUGUUCCUUUAGUCUGUGAAUGAGUAAAAGAUUUCCUGUAUCACUGAAUGGAGAGAUGACAAACCAAAAUGGUUGAUUUUUAUAUGUCUGAAUUUUUUUUUUUAAUAUUUUUAUAGUAUGACCAUAUUUCAUAAUAACAAAAUCAUAAUAGUCAUUUCAGUGUUUUGUGCUAUAUACCAAGGAGUCACAAGCUCAUAGCCCAUUAUGUGAAAAGAAGUGAUAUAUUAAGCUUUUUUAUAAAUAUAUUUUUAGUAAAUAUUGUUAUUCCUAAAGGUGUGUAAGUGCAUGUUAUGUAACCUGUACCUCCAUGAUACCUAUGGUUCCUUGUUGGUAUGCUAGCUUAUUAUAUUGAAUGCAAAGUUAAGGCUGUGUUGAAACAUGAAUGGCUGGGUGAAUAUUAACAAUGCUUGAUAACGCAUUAUGCAGAUGUUACAUCACAAAACACGUGCACUCAUACAAAGUCAUGAAUUAAAGAAGCAUAUUGUUGCUACAAAAGCAGGUUUCCAUACAAAAAGGGAGCUGUUCCAUAAGGAGAUACAGUGAAAAUUGUCUAUUGCUAGUAAUGGAGAGAAAAGUAUAAGUGAAUGUUUUAUUAUGUCAAAGGAGCUAAGUUGAAUGGAACAUCUGGGCAAAGAACUCUUAAUUGAGGAUGGUAGUAAAACAAGAGGAGAGUACAAAAUGCUAAUAUAAAGCACUAGAUAUGUAAUAAAUGCAGAAGUUUUUUUACAAACCCAACCAAUAAUUAAAUAGACAUGGUUUCUUGCCAACACAGAAUAUCUUUUAUAUAUAUAUAUAUAUAUAUAUAUAUAUAUAUAUAUAUAUAUAUAUAUAUAUAUAUAUAUAUAUAUAUAUAUAUAUAUAUAUAUAUAUAUAAAAUGUACAGGGUAGUGAUGGUAUGACCUUUUAUACUGUUUCAAGGAAACCCCCAAAAGUUACUCAAGUAUGAUUGUUCAACAAGAUUAACUUGAAAGGUAGUAUCUUGUUUGAAUUAUUAUCAAACUAGUGUGUCACAUUAUUGCAUCAACUGUUAUGCAUUCAUAUUAAACUAACUCUUCAGGAAGUGAAGCAAGUAUUGAUUGGCUACAUAAAUGGCUCUUCAGUAACAUGGCUAGAUUUUAUGAGUGUAUGACCAUUCAUGAUUAGCAUUUAGCAGUAAAUUACUGUGUAUUAGGUUGGAAGAUAUAUUUGCUUGACUGCAUGUGUGACUGGGUUGCAUGUUUGUCCCUUAGAAGCUUUGGAGUGGCUACAUUACUCUGAUAUCUCAGUUUUGUCAAAAAAUAUGUAGGCAUAACCAACAACAUUGUGUGGGAUGUCAGUAACUUACAUGUGUGAAUGGUCAUGUGGUCCACUUCACUGGGCAUGUUUCUCCUCUGACAGUUGCUAUGAAUUAUCUUGAAUGUGAUUUCCCUGCUAUAUUAAGUGCAGGAGAUAGAGUAAGGUAAAAGCUGUGUGGAAAUUCUAGUUUCAUUCCAAUUAAGGAAACACUUAUACAUCGACUGUUUGGGACUUUAGGGAAUCAUAUUAUGAUUGAUUAUUGUUUUGCAUACAAAUAAUGUGGUACUGGGAAUUAAUGAGGUCUCCCUCUAUCUUGAGGUGUAGUGUCUUUGUUUAAAAAACACUUAGUCAUAUUCCACUGGUUUUUUUUUAUUAUGUAUGUGUUAAGUAAUGAAUGAGUAUGUAGUUAUGGUUCGUUCCAUUCUUGUGUAGAAAAGUUUUUAAGCAACUAACAUUUGUGUCUUUCAUUUGCACUGAUACCAUCCAUUUUAACACAUUCACUGAUAUGAAGUAACUAUAUGUACAUUAUAAAUUGUUGCAUCUGUGAAAUCCUAGCAGAGAUGUAAACCUAUUAGUUGUGUCCUCUGUAGAAAAAUCCUGGUGUUAUAGUGAUUUUAUUUAUUACAUAUCAAGAAUGUGAAUCAGUGCAUUAUCUUUAUAUUAAAGAAGUUUUGUGCUGAUGUAAUGAAACAUUUCAAUAAGUGAAAGUUUUUGUGUAGAAAAUAUCAGUGGCCACUAAUGCAUCAUUGUGUUGUCAAAAUAUUAAAGGGUAUAUAACUUUUAUUGCCAAGAGUGCCUAUGACUGGCAUUUAUUUACAUGUAAGGCAUAUAUAUGAUGGUAGAGUUCUUAUGUUUGUUUGUACUGUACUGCAUGCUUUGUUACAAUGACCCAAGGAGAGUUAUUUUGGUACUUUAUUAAUCUGUAUUACAGUUAUGCAAAAGUUGCAUGAUUUUCAGCAACAUGUGGCAUAUGCUCUCCCAUUCAAUUAUGGUAACAUGAGAAUGAUAAUAUUUGCUGUUCUUGAUCAUCCAGACCUUAAAAUCAAGCAUUUUGAUAUGUGAUGAUUCCCUAUUGUAUGUUGGAGCUAUAUAAGUUUAAGCAUUAUGUUUAAACUAUUAUUGCUCUUAAUGGUUCAGUGUGUAAUAUAAAAGUCAUAAUGAUACAUCAUAAACUAUUUUUAGGGAACUAAUAGCAGUCAUAGAAAAUGAUGUUCAACAAAUCAUGUCAUAUAUACAUAGGUAUUUACUUUUCAGUAAAUUAGAUUUUCUGUCCUAGUUUUUUUUUUUUUUUUUUUUUUUUUGUCAUUGUGUAUAAAGAAAAACAAUCUUGAAAAAAAAAUGUGCAAUAAUUCUCAAGUCUGGACAUGUAAAUUUAGGGAGGAGACUAACCAUUGUUUACUGUUUCUUAUUAAAAGUUGCUACCAUGUUCUCUUCCUACCUAGCUUGUUCAUUGUUUUUAAUGUAUUGGUAAAAUACAUAUGUUAAAAGAAGAAAAA